UCAAAUAAAAUACAUUUGAGACGGCAACUUUUUGUUUUGACAUUCGACAGGCGCAUUUUGUGAGGUUAAGUGCUGAAGUUUGUUAUUUGUGAGGUUAAGUCAAGAAGUUGGUUGGUUUGUUUUCAACGUGUUGGGAUUUCAUAUCAAGAAACUUUCAAGAUGAUUCGACGCCAAGCAAGACUGCGAAGGGAGUAUCUAUACAGAAAAACCAACGAAGAUAAACAAAAGUCGAUCCAAGACAAGAAAAACCGCAUAAAAAACAGUUUGGAAAAUCAAACAGCAAUACAUGGCGAUUUGCAGAAAAAGGCCAUCCACUACGCUAACAAAAUCGAAUGGGAAGACGCCGGACCCGAAAGAGCAGCGCUGAUGGGAGGUGAAAGUGGCGGCGCGUUGGCAGAUUCCCAGGACGACGAAUAUAGAUACGCUGGCGUAGAAGACCCGAAAAUAGUCAUCACGACCUCCAGAGACCCGAGCUCCAGAUUGAAAAUGUUCGUUAAAGAGCUCAGGUUAAUUUUCCCCAACGCACAGAGAAUGAAUCGUGGUAACUACGAGAUGAAGCAGCUGAUGCAUGCCUGCCGAUCGAAUGAUGUCACAGACUUCAUUGUCGUUCACGAACAUAGAGGCGUUCCGGACAGUUUAGUUAUCUGCCAUAUGCCAUACGGCCCCACUGCUUAUUUCACGAUGAAGGACGUUGUUAUGAGACAUGAUAUCCCAGAUAUCGGAACAAUGUCUGAACAAUAUCCGCAUCUUAUUUUCCACAAUUUCAAGACCAAAUUAGGAGUGCGGACCAUGAACAUUCUGAAAUACCUGUUUCCUGUGCCCAAAGAGGACUCUAAGAGAGUGAUCACCUUUGCCAAUCACGAUGACUACAUAAGCUUUAGGCAUCACACAUACAAAACAGUCGACAGACAGCUGGAAAUGAGUGAAGUUGGACCACGUUUUCAAUUGAGGUUAUACGAAAUCAAACUAGGGACUUUGGAUAAUAUUGAUUCAGCAGAUACUGAAUGGGCUCUCAGGCCUUACAUGAAUACGUCAGCCAAGAGGAGGUUUUUAAGCGACGAGGAUGGCUGGAAGCAGGAUGACGAUUUGUAACAAACUUUCAUAACGUGGAACAUUAAAGUAUAAGUGGAACUUUGUAAAUAUUUUUUAUUUUGAAUAAAUUGGAAAGUAUGCAUA